GGGGACAUAACUGUGUAAAUAAACAGAACAUAUGCCUGUGAGAGGCUUAUUACAAUGAUAAGAUAAACAUACUUAAAAGAAGUCAGAAUGUCGGACACUAACCUUACUGCAAUUUUAAAGAAGCAAGGAGAUAUUCAGCUCGAAGACAUUCCUAUACCAGAACCAGGUCAAGGGGAGGUACAGUUAUGUAUGCAGCAUGUGGGUAUCUGUGGAUCAGAUGUACAUUACUGGAAACAUGGAGCUAUUGGAGACUUUGUUGUCAAAGCACCAAUGAUACUUGGACAUGAGGCUAGCGGAGUAGUCAGUAAACUAGGCAAAGGGGUUACCACUCUUAAAGUUGGAGACAGAGUAGCCAUAGAGCCAGGAGUGCCCUGUCGUUUAUGUUCUCAUUGUAAACAUGGCCGAUAUAACCUUUGCCCAGACAUGAAGUUUUGUGCUACACCUCCAAUUCAUGGUAACUUAGCCAGAUAUUAUGUCCAUGCUGCAGAUUUCUGUUUUAAAUUACCAGACAAUAUGAGUACAGAAGAAGGAGCAUUGUUGGAGCCAUUGUCAGUAGGUGUUCAUGCAUGUAAUAGGGCAGGUGUUACCUUAGGCAGCAAGGUUCUUAUCUGUGGAGCUGGUCCAAUUGGUUUAGUAAAUGUAUUAACAGCCAGAGCUAAUGGAGCAGCAGUUGUAUGUAUUACAGAUAUUGAUCAGUCGAGGUUGGACAUGGCUAAGUCAAUGGGAGCCACAUACACACUCAAAGUCACUAGUAGAGACCCGAAAGAGAUGGCACAGAAAAUUGAAGAUCUUAUGGGUGUACAGCCAGAGAUUACUAUUGAAUGUAGUGGUGCUACUCCCAGUAUUCAAACUGCUAUUUAUGCAACCAAAUCAGGUGGAUGUGUGGUAUUAGUUGGUCUAGGACAGGCAGAAAUCACUCUCCCAAUAGUAAAUGCCUCAGUCAGAGAAGUUGAUAUCAGGGGAAUAUUCAGAUAUGCUAACUGUUACCCAACUGCCUUAGCCAUGGUUGCCUCUGGUAAGGUAGAUGUAAAACCAUUGAUCACACAUAGAUUUAAACUGGAAGAUACCCUCAAAGCAUUUGAGACGACCUUCAAGGGAGAAGGAAUCAAGGUCAUGAUAGAAUGUGCUAAAGAGUGAAAGGUUCUGGGACGUUUUGGGUAGAAAAUAUUUGAAAGAUGCCUUUAUUGUCAUGAGUUGAUAAGUUUACAUAUGCAAAAAGAUGAGGACAAUCACAAAUUGACCAGAUGCUUCUGUUUUAUAAUGCUUAGUUCAAAGUUGUUGAAAAUAAGAUUAUGUGACAGC